GCAAGUUAUAUACGAAGUUGAAGGUGUUGGUUCGUCAGGUCGGCUCGAAGCAGUCACCAGAGGAAAGUGUAGUAUUGCAGUGAUUCUGUUAGGUUAAUAGUUUCGUCGAAAAUGUCUUCUCGGGAUCCAGCCUCCGAUCAGCUAGUAAAUUACAAGAAGAAACAAACUGAGAAAACUCAUAUUGUUACCGGUCAUGGAGCACCAGUUGAUAACCGUGGGGCCAGUUUAACUGCGGGGCCCCGAGGCCCCAUAUUACUACAGGAUAUUACGUUCCUGGAUGAACUCGCACACUUUGACAGAGAGCGUAUUCCAGAGAGAGUGGUCCAUGCCAAGGGCGCAGGUGCAUUUGGCUAUUUUGAGGUGACACAUGACAUCACAAAAUACACCAAGGCAAGUGUUUUCUCAAAAAUUGGCAAGAAGACACCAAUUGCCGUAAGGUUCUCCACUGUCGGAGGUGAAAGUGGCUCCGCUGACACAGUCAGAGAUCCUCGAGGCUUUGCCGUGAAAUUUUAUACUGAAGAUGGCAUCUGGGAUCUGGUGGGUAACAACACACCCAUCUUCUUCAUCAGGGACCCUUUGCUGUUUCCUGUGUUUAUACACACCCAGAAGAGAAACCCUGCCACUCAUCUGAAGGAUUGUGACAUGUUCUGGGAUUUCAUCUCCCUGAGACCUGAAUCCACUCAUCAAGUGAUGUUCCUCUUCUCUGAUAGAGGAAUUCCAGACGGAUAUCGCCAUAUGAAUGGAUAUGGCUCUCACACUUUUAAGUUGGUGAAUGACAAAAAUGAGGCAGUGUAUGCAAAAUUCCAUUACAAGACCAAUCAGGGCAUCAAGAACUUGUUUGCACAGAAAGCUACGGAUGUAGCUGCAUCAGACCCCGACUACUCUAUUCGAGACUUGUACAAUGCUAUCUCACGCGGCCAGCACCCAUCAUGGUCGUUCUACAUCCAAGUGAUGACUUUCGAGCAGGCAGAGAAAUUUAAAUGGAAUCCCUUUGACCUCACCAAGGUUUGGCCACACUCUGACUACCCAUUAAUUCCUGUUGGCAAACUUGUGCUUGACCGCAAUCCUGCCAAUUACUUUGCUGAAGUGGAGCAAAUUGCUUUCAGCCCUGCUCACAUGAUACCUGGCAUUGAACCAAGUCCUGACAAGAUGUUGCAGGGUCGACUUUUCAGCUACUCAGACACGCACCGCCACAGGCUGGGAGCCAACUACUUGCAGAUACCAGUAAACUGUCCCUAUCGGACACGUAUAACCAACUACCAACGUGAUGGACCUCAGACCUUCACCAACAACCAAGAGGGGGCACCUAAUUACUACCCAAACAGCUUUAGUGGGCCUGAGGAUGCACCUCACGCUGCUAUUACCAAGUUCACUCCUACAGGAGAUGUGGCCAGAUACAACACUGGAGAUGACGACAACUUUAGCCAGCCUUCUAUUUUCUGGAAGAAGACCCUGAAGCCAGAGGAGCGAGAUCGUCUGGUGCAGAACAUUGUGGAUCACUUGAAGGAUGCUGCAGACUUCAUCCAGGAACGCACCGUGAAGAAUUUUAGCCAGGUGGAUGCCGAAUUUGGUCGCAGACUGACAGAGGGUCUACGCAAGCAUGCCAAGAACAAUAUCAUCGCCUCUGCAAAUCUUUGAGCUGCUAUUUUUUUCAAACAAACGAACUCAGGUCUUCGUGGGACAAAUUCUUGGUUUUAAAGACUUAACCUAUAUUUUAUGUUUCAUUGGUGUUUAUAAAAGUACUUGCAUUUACUACUUUUGUACACUUGGUGGGGUCAGGCAUCUUGUUUUGUUGAUGAUAUCUGUCUGUAUGUACAUUGAUAUAUUCUGUAUGUAUAUGUUGGAAACAUAAUAUAAUGGGAAAAUAUAGUUUUUGGUAAUAAUUUAA